CCUCACGAUUUUGGGAUUAAAAGUCAAAAAUUCAUGUUUAAUUUUUUUUCUUUUUAUUUUUUGCACAUAUUUGGUUUCGGAGUCGUGCCCUUUUUCUUCCUAAGUAGUCUGUUAUCUUUUCCCCUUUAGAUACUUCCUUUAUAUAUAUGUUUUCCACAGUCGUUGUACAUCGUGGUUGUGCUUCCAGGUUCCUUCCACGUGUAGUAAGUUCCCAUCCCGUUUCAUAUGGUAUCGUUUUUGUAGUUUAUUGUUAUUGCUCCUAAUGCUAUAAGUACAAGUAGCUAAUCCCUAACCCCCCCCCAGCACAUCAACGCCCACGAUCAAAGGAGUAGGUACCAGAAUGCCCAUGAAUAUUUGCAAAAACAGCAGUAGCUGCUCCCCGGUCUUUGCCCAGGAAUAGAAAUUCCAUUGCAUAUCCUGCUCCCGAUGAAAUGCAUCAUAGUCGUCUGUUCCUGUAGUUGCACCCCAUAGAAGCACGUCCCCGGCGGCAUAGCCUGUCGCGUCACAGGAAACACGACAUCCUCGACCCCCACAUGACCCUUUUCCCCCGAAGCAACUUUCAUCCCCCUCGAAUUCCGUUCCACCUGGCCGGUACGUCGUGUGCAUGGUAGUGUUCUUUCACUUCCGUGUCAUUAUCGUGUUUAGCCAAGCACGGCCGUGUUCCCUUGUCUGCCGAUAGUUCGGAGGAGGUCGCUUCUCCGCUGGAGAAGAAAAAAAAUAAGGGGAG